CCGAGACAGCCGACCCCGCCACGAUGCUGGUGAAGAAGCAAGCAGGGAAAGGAGGGGGGCGGGAGCCGGGCUCCGAGGACCGGAGCCCAGCCGGGCAGCGUUGUGCCCGGACCGUGUCCCCGUGCGCCGCCCUGGCCGCCCUCCUGUCAGUAGUGGCCGUGAUGUCUUGUCUGUACCUGGGGGUGAAAACCAACGACCUCCAGGCGAGGAUCGCCGCCCUCGAAUCCGCCAAAGGAGACCCUUCCAUCCGUCUGCUGCCUGAUUGUCUGGAUCAGCUCAAAGCAAUGGUGCAAGAGAAAGUGGAGCGACUUCUGGCUCAGAAGUCCUAUGAACAUAUGGCUAAGAUAAGAAUCGCAAGAGAAGCACCUUCAGAGUGCAACUGCCCAGCAGGCCCUCCGGGGAAACGAGGUAAAAGGGGCCGAAGAGGAGAAUCUGGUCCUCCUGGUCAGCCUGGUCCUGAGGGCCCUCCUGGUCCAAAAGGUGAUAAGGGAGAACAGGGCGAUCAGGGACCUCGGAUGGUGUUUCCUAAAAUCAAUCAUGGGUUUCUCUCUGCUGAUCAGCAGCUCAUUAAACGCCGCCUGAUUAAGGGUGACCAAGGACAGGCUGGACCUCCAGGCCCUCCAGGACCUCCAGGCCCACGAGGGCCUCCUGGGGACACAGGGAAAGAUGGCCCCCGCGGAAUGCCAGGAGUGCCUGGUGAACCAGGGAAACCAGGAGAACAAGGCUUGAUGGGUCCUCUGGGGCCUCCAGGACAAAAGGGUUCUGUUGGAGCACCUGGAAUUCCAGGGAUGAAUGGGCAAAAGGGUGAGCCCGGGUUGCCUGGAACAGGAGGACAGAAUGGAAUGCCAGGGCCCAAGGGAGAACCUGGAGAACGAGGAGAAAAGGGAGAUGCUGGAGAGAAUGGCCCCAAAGGUGAUACAGGUGAAAAGGGUGACCCUGGAUCGUCUGCUGCAGGAAUUAAGGGAGAGCCCGGAGAAUCUGGUCGUCCAGGGCAAAAGGGUGAACCAGGGCUUCCUGGGCUUCCUGGACUUCCGGGGAUAAAGGGAGAACCAGGUUUCAUUGGUCCUCAAGGAGAACCAGGCUUACCAGGGUUACCAGGAAUAAAGGGCGACCGUGGGGAGGCAGGGCAUCCUGGAAGAGGGGAUCGAGGGGAGCCUGGAGCCCCUGGACCAAAGGGGAAACAAGGUGAAUCAGGAACUAGAGGUCCAAAGGGGUCAAAGGGCGACCGUGGAGACAAAGGGGACUCUGGAGCCCUGGGACCGAGGGGUCCACCUGGUCAAAAGGGAGAUCAAGGAGCCACCGAGAUCAUAGACUACAACGGCAACCUCCACGAAGCCUUGCAGAGGAUUACCACCUUAACAGUCACGGGUCCCCCUGGACCACCUGGACCUCAAGGACUACAAGGGCCAAAGGGAGAGCCAGGAUCUCCAGGAGUCCCAGGAGUUGAUGGAGAGCAGGGACUCAAAGGUUCAAAGGGAGACAUGGGGGACCCAGGUAUGCCAGGUGAAAAAGGAGGAAUUGGACUUCCUGGAUUACCGGGUGCCAAUGGAAUGAAAGGAGAAAAAGGAGACUCGGGAUUGCCAGGUCCUCAGGGUCCUUCCAUCAUAGGCCCACCAGGCCCACCAGGUCCCCAUGGCCCACCAGGCCCCAUGGGACCCCAUGGACUUCCUGGACCAAAGGGUGAACCAGGGUUAAAUGGUGUUAAAGGAUUGAAGGGUGAACCAGGUCAAAAGGGUGACAGAGGACCCCUUGGUCUUCCAGGAGCAUCUGGCUUAGACGGAAAGCCAGGAUCCCGGGGUACAGAUGGCCCUAUGGGACCCCAUGGCCCUGCAGGUCCCAAAGGAGAAAGAGGUGAAAAAGGAGCUAUGGGAGAGCCGGGACCCCGAGGGCCGUAUGGUCUUCCCGGGAAAGAUGGAGAGCCUGGUCUUGAUGGUUUCCCUGGUCCACGAGGCGAGAAGGGUGAUCUAGGAGAAAAGGGGGAAAAGGGAUUCCGUGGCGUUAAGGGGGAAAAAGGGGAGCCAGGCCAGCCUGGCCUGGAUGGGCUGGACGCCCCUUGCCAAUUGGGGCCAGAUGGAUUACCCAUGCCUGGCUGUUGGCAAAAGUGAUGAAUCUAACCUUCCAAGCAUGAAGUUGUGUAUAUAAUGGUCCACUUUUUAUAUUUAUAGUUGAAAAUUGGAUUGCAGAUUUUACAAGUCUGAGAUAUGUUUACAUAUAGCUGCUUCUUCCUGUUUGCAGUAGUACACAUAUCCAUUUUUUCUUCCCUUACAUCUGAAAUUGGGCAAUAUGUGAAACCAGUGAGAAGCCUGCAAAAAAUAUAGAUCAGUAUCUCUUUAUCUUACGUGAAGAUAUGUAUUUACAUGGACAUAGUGAUAGAGAUUGAUUGUUCUUGCUAUUUUCUUACUUUGGUCUUGUUAAUUGCAUGGACAAAAAGUGCCAUGAGAUAGUUUACAUGAAAUCGUGACCAAAUAUGAACUCGAAGCUAUGAAAACGUACUCUACUGACUGAUUUUAGAGUUUAUCGUCACAUCCCUACUCACCUUUGCUACUCAUGCCCACACCACCCAUUGAAACUGACUAAAAAAGCAUGAUCGUGUGCCAAGCCUGCUUGCUGUGCAAACUCAGAUGCUAGCAUGCUGCAUUAUGAGUCCUUUGAUCACAUCUGAACUUUUAUUUCUUUUGUCAUCUCAAGGGGGUUACACCAUGGCUCAUUGCCAAAAAGUGAUAAGGUGGCGGAGAGCACACACACACAAAUGGUCUUGUAUUUUGAAAGGAGUUGCGGUCCCAACUGCAGAUCUUCAGCUUCCACUAUUGUGGGCUCACGUGGCCUCUUUGGUUGAAAUGUCCAGGGGCUGAGAUGGUUGCUGACACUAGUUUUCCUUGGGCUGCCCUUGGCAGUGAAGAUGAAGAGAAAGGAUUGGUUCAGCCUCCUGCACUGUCUCUCAUGUGACCAAGUAGGAAAGAGGUUUACAAAGGCAGGCACCCAGGAUAGAGGACUUUUUAUUUUUUAAUAAACUGAAUUCCAGCAAGUGUUAACAUGGGUGCUUUUGGAAAAUGACAGACGCAUACUGCACUUCUUUUGGGUAGGAGAUUCUUGGAAUGGCAGCCCCUGUUCCUGAGGACAAAGGGUGUGUACAUCUCACCAAAGCUCAGGUUGCUGAAGAUACAACACGUCCCAAGAAGAGGUUGGCUGAAAUAACCUUUCCUGAGGAUGUAGGAGAGCUCAUCCUACAAUCUCUACUGAAGCUGAUGAGAGCUUCCCUUCCUUCCAAGAUCCAACCCAUGUUAAACAUUUUCUACAAACUUCUAGAAACAGAAAGAUAUUUUCCAUUCUUUUUAAUACUUUUUCUUUUCUCUUUUAGUCCCAGGAAUAUUCAAGAAAGAUUUUUUUCCAGCUUUUGUCACAUUUAUUUUGAACAAUUUUUUAAAGGAAAGUCUUCAAAUCCUAAUAAGUUGGUACCAACAGUCAAGAUGACCAUUUGCUAACUUCUCUCCUGUUCUGAAUAAUUGAAGAGAAUAUAAAAGAAGCUCCAUUUUCAGUUCAGUCAUUGUAAAGCAUCAAAGUUAAACAAUUUUUCAGUACUUUUUGACUUUUUUUUGUAUGAUGAAUAUAACAUAUAUAGUGAUUAUCAGUUAAGAUAAAGUCAAGAUUUGGUCACAUUUGAUCGUAUUAACUCAUUUCUAUUUCUUGUAGUUCUAUUUAGUUCUAAGUUGUGUCUAUAUUUAGAUUUCUUGAUCUUUUUUACAUUUCUAAAUGUUUGUCUUAUGCACAGACCAAAUCUGAGAUCUCAGAAAGCUGUGAAAUAUAGUUGCCAUAAAGAGUAUUUUUCAACUACUUGCUCAAAAGUUACCUAACUGUAUUAGACUGAGCAUCUCUUUGCACAGUAAAGAGUUGAUAGCAUGUUUUGAAAUGACUUGUUCUAAGUGGAAGGGUUACAUUAGGAGAAACUUCAUCAAUGAGGAGUAGUCACUCUUUCAGCCCAUUGGACAAUAUAAUUUCUCAUUUCAUGCCAUUUUGUGGGAAAAUUUCUGGUUUCAUGUAUAGGUUUUCACCAGCAGAGGGGAAAUUAUCUCAUCAUUGGCUUAUGGUGACAACAGUUAAGAUAUGAUUAUAAGACAAGGAUCCUAAGAUCCUUAUGAUCUCUUUCAUAAUAUAUAAUGCUCAGUUAUACAAAAUGCCUUCUUUUUGUUUCCAUUACGUUUUCAAGAAUGGAAAGAUGUUUGAGCUAAUCUAUCAAUCAAAUUGAUAACAUCUCUAGUAACAUUCCACACUCCGAAACCAGUUUAGCAGUUUUAAAACAACAGAGGGCAUUUUCUACCCAUCUCUUGUAUGAUCUGGUUAGGAUAAGGUAUUUUAUUCAGUGUCUGAAACAAUUUGUCUUAAAUGCUUUGGAAAAAUGAACUAAAACGAGUAAAACCACAGUCUCUUCAGGAAAACAAACAGUAGUGUCUUGAGAAAAAUCUGGUGGCUAUAUUUCUUCCUAUCUCUCUUUCUUUCUACUCCUCUAGUAGAAAGAGGAAUUGAGAUGGAUCACUGUUUAAAAGUUGCACAGCUUCAAAAGAGAAUACCUUAACAUCAAAAGAGAAACACUUCACGUACAAAAAAUAUAUGUAUUUUUUAAACACAGCCCUUUAAGAAUACUGUUCUGUCCUAUGUGUAUAUUGAGGUUUUACUCUAUAACUGAUUGGACAAUAUUGCCUUUUAUUCCAUGAUUAAAGGAAGCUGUAAACUUUCAAUACAUUUCCUUGGGGAAAACAAAAGGACCAUGGUCCUCCUCUUUGUUCCGUGGAACUGCUAGGUCUUAACCAACAUGCAUAAUCUUCAACUUUUGUUACUAAAAUAUUUUAAAUCAUCCAUUUUUUUAUCAAUAUAGAGAAUCCUCAAAUAAUUGCCUAAUGAACUAAUGAAUGUGUCUGCCGAUAUAUGUGUUGGCAGCUACAUAUUUUUCUUUAAGUUUGCUUUCUUUUAAUUUCUAUUAUUGGAUAGAAGAUUAAGAAAAAAUACAUGAAAGACAUUGGAAAUAAGAUCAGGUUCUAUUUCUGAUAAGCAUCUUUUAAGGAUGCCAAACUGGUAUGUGUUUUAGCUUUAAAAUUGUUUUCCGUUUAUGUUGGUGCUAAUGUAUUUCUUUUCUUUUUCUUUAUGGACAAUGCAACUCUACUAUGGAUAAUUUCAUUUCUCUGUUUAAUAGCAUUCCUAAACUGUUAGUGCGUGAUUUUAUUUUUCAAGUUUAUGGAUUUACUAUAAUUAUGGUUCAAUGACCAGUCUUUCUUAAUGUAAAAGAAAACAAAACAGUGUACCUAUAGAUGAUAUGUGUGUACUUGGAUUGUGGAUCCUCUUAUUUCAUGUUCAUUUCAUAUACCAUAUGCCUUUAUCAACUUUUACUCUCAUCUUUUAGCUUAUAGAGUUUGAUUAAGUGUGACAAAACCAACAUUAGACAAGUCUGCACACAUUCAGAGAGUACCUGACCCAUAAAUAUGCCGAAAUUUUUCUUCUAGUUUUCAUUUUCAUUAUGAAAAGCAGUCUUGAAAGGUUUUUCUUUCUUAUUUGAUUUCAUAGGAAACAUGAGAAUAUCUUGAAUUUCUACCAAAAAAAAAGUCUGUUCUUGAAUCCUAUGCAUGAUGUUCUGAUGGAAUAGUAAGAACUCUUAUGCAUCCAGUAGUUCAUUCUAUAUGUCCUUUGUCUACAAUAUAUAUACAUAUAUACACCUCUCUACUAGUUUAGAAGUGGUCAAAUCAGCAUGUCAGUAUCUGUGGAAAAAUUAAUUGGUAUUAUAUUUUUAUCACUUAGACAACAUGCUUAAUUUUCCAAAGUUUUAUUUUUAAUGUUACUAUUAUAGCAUAAAAAUUUAACACCACUUUUCAUCUUUUUUUUUUUUUUUUUUUUUUUGGCCACUAUAUAUAAUCUUGCCCAGAAAUAAGCUAUGCUUGUUAAGGUGGGUGAUGUUUUCAUAUCUUCUAAUAAAUGAUCUUAGGAACAUGCAGAUAUUGAUAUUUGAAAUCUUGUUUUUCUCUAUUUCUUGAUAAUCAAGUUAUAUUAAUAAUUAACAUUACCAAAAAUGAACUUUUCUAAUUUCUACCAAAACAAAAAAACAAAAACCUUUCUAUCUCUAGAAAGUCAAGUCCAUAACAAUGUAAUCUUAUAUUCUCAAAAAUAAUGAUUAAGAACAGUCACAUGUGAUUCUGGCUGUUAAAACAAUUCAUUCCUAGUGGAAUUAACAUACUUGACCAAUUAUGAUUCUGAUAAGUUAUUUUAGAAUAUAAAGACCUUCAGUCCCUACUUUUUCCCAUUUUUGUUGAAAUAGCUUCAUAUCAGCUGGAUUUACUAUAUACCAUAGCAAAGAUACCCUUCCAGCUUAAAUUUUUAGUGGAUUUUGUUUUUGCUAAUUCAAUACUGAAACAUUUUAGUGACAUUUCUGAUUUUUUAAAUGUAUUUAAAUGCAUAAGUUUCCCUAUGCUGCUUAUUGACAGAACUGUCCUUCUGGGAAUAAGACUUUUUCAACCUGACGUUUGAUUUAUUGAUAACAAAGUACCAACAUUUCUCAAAAUACAGUGGAUAUUCUCACAUAUCUCAGAAAUAUUAAUAAAUUGGAUUCACAAAAGAAUGUCUUACAUAUUAUUGACAUUUAUGUGAAUAUUCUUUAUACUGUUGUAAAUGUUUCAUGCAAUUUAAUAACAUUUUUAAAAGAUGUAUGUAUCUGAUUUUCCUUUAGAAAAUAUUAUAUUUUUAUUUGUAUUUUUUACAUUUUAAAGUUCAUCUCUAUGUGCAGCUAUUUUUAUAUUGCCAAAAAAAUCACAUAAAUACAAAGUAAGAGAAAAAUGCAAAACAAAUAUUUUGGCAAGCAUUACACUGCAUAUUUUUCUUAAUGUUUUGUGGGCCAGUCUCAUGUAAUUGAUUAUUCUAAGAAUGUGUUGUGUCUUAUCACUGUAAAUAUGGCACAAACCUGUUUUUCUCAGUAGUGUAAAUAAUUGAAAGAUUGAAUUCUCCCUGUUUGAUUUCUUAUUUCAUUUCAUUGUAAUUUCUCCAGCUGAGAUUACUGAAUCAAAAGACGCAUGUGGUUUUUGAUUUGCAGCCUGGAGAUAAUUGCCUUGUGUUCAGUUUCUAAUUUGUUUUUAUUUGCUUUUUUAACUUGUUUUCAGGGUUCCUAGUUUGUGAGAAGUUGAUCUUCAGAAUUAUUUUUACACUAUUUAUGACUUAUUUUCAUAAUGUAAAAAUUGUGUAAUUAUUACAAUAUUAAUCCAAACAAUGGUAAUGAAUUGUAUUGUUAUAAAGCUUUAUUGAUGUUCAUGAA